AUGUCCCAAGGCAAUAACCGAUCUUCAAAUUUGACGAAAAGAGAAAAAAAAUCAGAACCAACCAUCCCAACUGAUCUCAUCAUCGAGAUAUUCUCGAGAUUACCUGGGAAGUCAGUUGCUAGGUUUCGCUGCUUGUCGAAGCUAUGGAGUUCCACGCUUCGCCGUCCAUAUUUCACCGAGUUGUUUCUGACUAAGUCAUCGGCUCGUCCACGUCUCUUAUUCGUCCUCAGAAAAGACUUAUAUGAGUGGACCGUCUCUCGUCGCCUCAGCCUCAUAAACCAUAUGGGAAGUCGGAUAGAUGAAUGGGAUACCCAGCCUGUGAUAUGUAACCCUAUCACGGGACGGUACGCGAUCUUACCUGUACUGGUUGAAGAUCAGGACAUACAAUCGAAUAGCGCCUUAGGGUUUGAUCCGAUCCACAAGCAAUUCAAGGGUAGAUUAGGUGGGAUUAGUUGGGGGUGUGAUGAUAGUCCUGGAGAGACCCUUGAGUUGCGUAUAUGUGUUCUAGAGGAUGUCGAGACUCAGAAAUGGUCUGAAAGUGUCUACAGUUUGGGAGAGAAUGCACCGGUUUGUCCUUGGGAUGAUUACAACGUUGGAGUGACUGCUUUUGGUGAAAUUGUUUUGUCACCGAAGGAUACAACUAAACAGUUUUAUGUUUUCUUCUUUAGUCCCGAAAGGAACACUCUCCAAAAAGUUGAAAUCCGAGGUUUAACGGAUAAUUGUAGUGUUCACGUUUUUGUAGACCAUGUAGAGGAUAUUGAUGUUGACGAUGCAAACCAGCUCAAGUCAAGGUCAGUGAAGAAAGGCCUAGAGAUCAUCAGGAAGAGGCCAGAACCACCAAAAUAA